GGAAGCAUCGGUCAUCUCGUCUGAUUGUCUUCCGUUUUUCAUUCACUCGUCUUGAUCGCCUCGCGCCCCUCGCCUUAUCUUGUGGUGAGCCCCCGCGCCGCGAGACGGUGGAUGCGCGUUAAACCCAUCUAUCGCCGACGCCUUUGAUCGACGACAAGAAAUAGGUGAGGGUGGCUGAGCCCCUUGGAGUGCCACCAUGAACCAGAUGAAUGUAGCUGGGAUGAACCCCGGGGCCGGGGGCCCCGUGGGAGGGGUCCCCAUGAUCAAUAAUGGUUCGACGGUUCCUCGUAACGAUGGAAAUGUGAACAAUAUCCCCGAGUUGAUGAUUAACAAUCUCAAUACCUAUAUCUAUGAUUAUUUGUUGAAGCGCGGCCAUCACGAGUGUGCUAGGGCUUUUGUGAAUGACGACUCGAUCAAAAUGAGCACUGAGCCGCCUAUAAAGUCAAGCCCAGGCCACCGUCGCGAUGGCGAGGUGAACGGUGUCGAUGGUGAUACGAUGAUGACAGAUGGCAAGGACGGUGACAAAAUUAAAAUACCUGAUGACCUGCCACGGCCAAAUCUUCCUAGCGAAGGCCAGCAAUCGUCUUUCCUCUUGGAUUGGUUCAGUCUCUUUUGGGAUUUCUUCUGGGCCCAGCGCAAGAAAGGGAACAGCAAUGAUGUGAGACAGUACCUCCAACAUACUCAGAACAUGUUGCGCUUCCGAGAACAACAGCAAAACCAAUUACUACGACAACAGCCGAUGAUGCCCGCCCAGAUGCAGCAGCUCAAUCUUCGCCGAAAUGGAUCGGUUGCACCCAACCUUCAGAAGACUGUUUUACAAAACAAUACCUCAGGCCUCUCCCAACAACAGCUUGCUCAGCUCCAAAAAACACAGCAAGUGCAGAUGAUCCAACAGAUGCAGAGAGAACACUCGGAUAUAGACAUGAACGGCCAUCGCCCCCAGUCCCCGUCGUCCGCAGAGAACGCCCCGUCGCCAUCGAAACGGCCCCGUCUCGAAAGUGGACACAUGAACGGACAGCAACUAGCCCCCAAUGGACGGGGUCAAGGACAGGGCAUGCCCGGUCAGCCGAAUCCGCAAGCGCUUUUAAUGCAAAACGGUCUCAACCCACGGCCGAUGAAUCCGGCCCAAUUCCAGGCUUUCCAGCAGUCGGGCCCUGCUGCGCAGCAGAAGUCAAUCCAGGGCAUGCCGAAUGGUGGUUUGAUAAAUCCCGGUGUCAUGCCAAAUCAGACGGACCUGGUGCCAUUGCCAGAUGGCCAGGGUAUGUACCCGAUGAACGGCGAUUACUAUCCACCGAAUGGUCAAAUGGCCCAGGUUCGGGCUGGCUUGCAGACACCUGGCGGUCAGCAUGGGAAUCAUGCUCUCCAGGAUUAUCAAAUGCAGCUUAUGUUGCUUGAACAACAGAAUAAGCGGCGCUUGAUGAUGGCUCGUCAAGAGCAGGAUAGCAUGGCCCGUCCUGACGGCCAGCCCCCAAUGCCAGGGCAGCAGCAGGCUUUGCCACCAGGCACCUCUCCCCAAGGCAGCAGGGCGGGCACAUCCCCCAACCCGAACGAUCAAAUGAAACGAGGCACUCCGAAGAUGCCCCAGACAGGGCUCCCUGGUUCCCCCAGUGGCGGUGACGCAAUGGCCCAGGGUCGUGGAUCGCCUGCGUCAAUGAAUUUCAACGGUGGCCAGAUGCCACCUGAGAUGGGCGGCGCGUUCUUCAUGAAAAGCAUGCAAGACGGCAUGGCAGGCCCCAACGGAAUGCGACCUCCAAGCUCGAAUCCCGCUUUCAGUGGCCCUCAAAUGGGUCAGCCUAUCCCUGCGGGUGCUGGAAACCGGGUGCCGAGCGGAGGCUGGCCGCCGCAGCAAGGUGGUCAGGGCCAACCGAUGGCGCCACAACAGUCCCCUGCGACCCAAACAACCGGAACGCCCCAAGAGCGCAACGCAAUGCCUCCUCCUCAGGCUCCGCCCGCGGCGGGUGCUAAUGCUGGUCGCACGCAGCCCCCGUCCCCUCAAACAGCACCCGCUCCACCUACGCCACAGCAAACCAAUAAGCCCGCCCCGAAGAAAAAAGAGACCAAAGAUAACCGCAAGCGGCCUCCAAAGAAGGCAAACGCUGCCGCAGCUGCCGCAAACACUGCCGCCACUCCCUCUUCUGAAGCAGAGCAUCCUCCGACUCCUACACCGUCGACACCGAUUACGCCCCAACACCCCAAUUCGUUCAACAAGGCCGGCUCAAAUGCCACGAGUGCUCCACAGCAGCCAACAUCUGCGCCUGCACCCCAACCUCUUGUACAACCACCACCGCCACCACCACCGGAUCAAAGUCAACAGCCAUUUAAUGACCUGAGUAUCCCAGAUGCUUCCGCCUUCAAUCUUGAUUUCAGCGCUCUGGAAAACCCGGAUAUCUUGGAAAAUUUUGACUUUGACACGUUUCUCAAUACAGAUGCGGAUACCGCCGGGUUUGGGUUCGAUCCGAACAUAUCAUACCCGACAGAUGGGGUUGAGACCGGUGCCGGAGAUGGCUUGUAAAGGAGUCCAACGGAUAUUUCGUUCUUAUCUCUCAUAUACCCUUCCUUGCUCUGUACAUUCCUAAACUUUGGCUUGUGCUAUUCGGUUUUUGUUCAAUUCCCCUCUUUCUCAUAUGCUUCAACUGUUCUCUUUUAGUGUGUCUCUGUCGACAUGACUUGGAUAUGUGCCUUGAGAUUGGCGUUAAGUGUAUCCGUUAUUGCAUGUCUUUCAUUUUUUUUCUUUUUUAACCGAGACGCGAUUGACCUUGAGAUGGAUUCCACUUGUACUCAAGCUGCGUUAUUGUGACAUCC